AUGAAAAAGUCUUUAUUCAAUAAACAACAUAAUGAUUUAUUGUCGACAUCCUCAUCAAACGCAUUAACACAUGUUAAUAAUGAUAGAAAUCAUCAACUUAUUGCAAACGUUACUUUACCAAUAGUUAGUAAACAAACAAUAGACUACAAUGCUGAAAUAAAAGAUUCGUUUGUAUCACAUAUUCCUAUGAUGUCAUCAUCAAGUUCUUCUUCAUCACUUUCGAAUCCAAAGCCAUUAUUAGAUCAACAGGUUCCUGUUAAAUCAGAACCGCUUGUUAUUACUAG